AUCAUCAAAACCCAAUCACUAUUCACCUUUUUGACUACAAGAGUAAGCGAAAGCUUGACCGAUUCUCUCACUACUGUUAUCAUCUUCUCUCACUAAGUUCUUGAUUUCUUUCGCCAUGGGGCAAUCUGACUGUGUAGGUUUUUGCAGAAUCUGACCCAUGCCCAUUUCCUUUCGGGUAAGCCCGUAUUCGAUUUUCUAUUUGGUUUCCCGAUUCUUGAUUAGAAAAGAAAUGGGUUCUUGAUUUUGUGUUUUCUGUGUAAGAAAAAAAUAAUUAAAAAAAAAAGUGGGUUCUUGAUUUUGUGAUUUCUGUGUAAGAAAAUAAAUAAAAAAUAAAAAAAUUGGGUCUUUAUAUAUCAGUUCAAUUAUGUUGCCUGAUCUGUGUGGAUCAAGAUUGCUUUUAUCUUUGCCCGAUGAUAUAUUCUCCGUUAUUACAAGCUCCCUCUCUCCGAGUGACGUGUGCAGCCUCGGUCUCGCUUGUCGAGAUCUCAACGCCGUCGUUUCCUCGGACAAAGUAUGGCUUGCCCAAUGUAGUAAAUUGGGAAUUAAAUUACUCCCUUUGAGCACCCUCGUCGAAUGGAGAAAGGGGGUUCUUUCGUACCGAGCUUUAUGUCGAUUCUUGAUCGACGUUCACCCGUUAAUCGGUAUUUGGGUUCACCAAAACCCGGAGCUUGGCAAUGUAGUCUAUGUCAUGCCCGGUUUUUUAUCGCUCGUUGGAUGUCGAAUAAUCCCACAAGAAGUGGGCCCGUUAGGGCUUGAAGAAGGUCCGAUUUUGUGGACGCCCGUAUUCGAAAUCAUAUGCAAUCACGUGGGGUCCGCUUCGUUCUUUCUACACGGUAGAGAGAGAGGAGAUGAUUACGUUUAUCCCGGUUUGCUAAAGAAUUCCUCCGCGGAUAAGAAUUGUAACGUGCUUUUGCUCGAAGUGGAGCCUAGGCAUCAAAGUGAAGGUGGGAAACUCACGUAUAGCAAGAGCUUUGCUCGUGAAUUGGAUAACGAGGUUUCUUUGUCGAAUAAGCUAUCAAGAUCGUGUAGUGGGAGGGUUUCUAAUUCGAAGUCGCAGAAAAUGCCCUUUAGCCGUUUGGGUUUUGGCGAUCGAAGGAGGCUACUCGAUGUUGUUACGAGUCAAAUCCGAAAUAUUGUUCCGAAAGAAGCAAAUGUGAUGUUGUUUCCUCGCUCGAAGAACGAUUUUGGGGUCUUGUACGAGAGGAGAUUGUUGCUCUUGCAAAUGUACGAUGAAGAAUCAUCGUCGCCUUUUAAUCCCACCGAAUUAGGAUCGAGCGACGUGUGCAAAAGCCUCGAGUGUACUACUACUACUACGAGUGUGGAUCAAUGCCACGUCACCAAAAGCAAGACCCUCUCGGGAUUUCUAAAGAAUGGGCUCAAACACAUAUUAAGGAAAUCAAGCGUCGAUCAAGAAAGUCAGAAAUCAACUUCUUCUUCUUCGAGAUGCCAGAGUAAACUCCACGAAUUUCUUCGAUCGGGAGAUAGGGUUGGAUUGAGUUUACGAGCCGCAACUAUGAAACUAUCUUCUUACCGAGCGUGGCCCAAUAUGCACGACAGUCGGUUCGCUCUCUACAAAUUACCAUUACACCCCUCCAAUGCAUGCGACGAGUAUGCAGGUUUGUGGGGGGCCACUUUCGGUUGGCCCCCGGGGCGGAAAUCCGAGGAAAAACCCGGAAAAGCCCUUUUCUUGAUUUUGAUAUCUUACGAAGAAUCGGAAGGGGAGAAGCUUAUGAUUGGUACAAAGAUAUUGGAAGGCACUUCGUACGUAUUGCAUCCUAAUGGAUCGGCUAUGUUUAUUGUGAACGUAAAUCAACCGUCUAUGGAAUUAUUUCCGAUCGAGAGUGAUGGAGAAUCGAAUUAUAUUGAAGUUAAAAGGUCGUUUUCGGGAGAAGGUGUUGCGAAUGGGUACGGGUUUAGAUAUCCGGGUUCGAAACCGGGCUCGCUUUUUGUUCUUGAAAACGGAUUGCUCGUUUUUAUGUGGAAGGAGUCAAGGGUCGUGUUGACUUUGCAGAGGCUCGAUUUGGGGGAGCUUUUGAGGAAAGGGGAAAGAGUGAAUUCUUUGUCGCCGAUUUCGAAUUUUGCGUAUUUGACAAAGACGUACUCGAACGUUUACUCGGGAUUUUGAAAUUUUCUUGAAAAUAGGCGGCGCUCUAUUUUUUUCCUCCAAGGAUUUUUUUUUUUUGCUGCUGGUGCCAAACGAAGAACUGUGUCGUAGAUGGAUGAAAGAGGUUCGAUUAUUUCGAUAUAUUCUUUCGACUGUGCUGACUGAGUUUUGGUAAAAUGCAUUGGAAAAGAAACAUUUGUAUAACCAUUGUGUUUGGGGUUGUUAAAGUCUGAUGUUUAUAGACACAAAUUUAUGCUGAAAAAGAGUGAUUUAUUUGAGAAAUGAUUGAGUUUGGUUAUAUAUUACUUUGCAGUUU